AUGUUCAACAAACCCACACCAUCAAAGUCUAGCUCGCCAAAGCCUACUCAGCAAUCCCAAGCUCCACCACCUCCUCCACCUUUUGCUCCUUCAACCAACACAAUCCCAUACGCUUGCCGCAUCACCAAAGACUUCGGCGGCCCCUCUCCCGUCUAUUCAGAAAAGGACCGCAGAAUCUCUGUUUCCAGCACUGCAACAACAGCAACCUCGUCUUCGGUGUCUAGCUCUGCAACCACUAUCGCGCCAAAGCAAGAGCAGCAAAAAAGCCAUUCGAUGUCUUUGAAUACCAAACUGCUGGAUAUCUUUCGAUGUCUAUGA